GGCGUCAAACAAAAAGUGAGCGGCAAGAAAACAAAACAAUAACCUAAUCAAACUCAAUUACUUACGAUAAUUUCUAACUCAUAUCGCUUUUCAAUUGUUUUAUUAAAUUAAUAAUAGCUAUGGAGUCAACCGUUUCCGUUUCAAAGGGUGUAUUCUUAUUUCCAAAUGGGUAUAAAAAACAAAGCCAAUCGAAGAAGAAAUCGCAGCCGUUAUUUGAGAAGUUACUUACAAAGCAACAGUGGUACAUAACCUACAAACGAAAUUGGAAUAUUAUUGAGAGUGAAAUAAAGGAGCUGCAUAACAAGACCUACAGCAUUCUGCUCAAUGAUAUUGUCAACUAUUUGAAAUCUUUCGACACUGAUGACGAGUCUGUGCAAGUAAACGGUAUUGUCCCCAGUGCCACACUGCUGACUGGAGUCAACCAGCCAGACCAUCUGUCUCAGUUCACUGCACUUAUUGAGAAGAUUAGGAAUGAUGUGACACCACACAUAGCAAUGGUGAAUUCUGAAGAUGCUUCCACCUUGAAGCACUUAGUGGAGAAUGUCGUGUGGCAGCUCAUUCAUGGUCAUGAAGCUCUGGACAUGUCUAUAGAUGAAGAUACCAACAACAUCACAUUUGAAAGCAAAAGACUGAGGAAGAACCAAUGCACAAUGAAGGUAUUACAAAAGUGGUACACCAACAAGUACAACACACCAUCACCAAAGAAAAAGAAACACAGUAGUGUCAAACGAUCUUUAGUUAUUAUCAUUCCAGAUUUUGAAAGUUUCAACUGCAGUGUACUACAAGAUUUUGUUAUGAUUGUCAGUUCAUAUGUAUCAUCUCUUCCAAUAUUGUUUAUAUUUGGGGUGGCAACAUCUGUGUCAGCAUUGCACAAGUCGUUCCCAUACCAUGUAUCUUCCAAACUGCUAAUCCAGGUGUUUCAUUCACACUCCUCACCUGUUUAUAUGAAUCAGGUUUUGGAAGACAUCUUCUUGACUCAUCAAAGCCCACUUCAUCUGUCGGGAAAAGCAUUUGAACUAUUAAUUGAUGUGUUUUUGUUCUAUGACUUUUCUGUUACAGGCCUUGUACAAAGCAUUAAGUAUUGUAUGAUGGAACAUUACUAUGGGGACAACACAAAGUCACUAUGUUGCGAAAGAGACAGAAUUGAAGAAGCAGUCACUAAUUUAAAUUCCGAAGAUCUGGAAAAUAUUAGACAGUUGCUGUCCUUCAGACCCUAUGUUGAAUCUCAGGACAGUCAGACUCAAAUAAAGCUAUUUGAGGAUGAUAAUUUCUUUAGAGAAUUUGUAUACAGAGAAAUGAACAAACUACAUGAUUACUUAUACAGUUUUUAUAUGUGUGUAAGAUUAUUAACAGGGUUUGUCAAAGACUUACCGAGAAACCCGCUUGGAAAAUCGAUGCGCGAAAUUUACACCAAAUGUACGAUUGAUCUCGUAACUGACACGCACGAAUUCAAAGAGUGUAUGCUGUUAUUGGGGUUUCAGUCGCAAGUGAAAAUGGUUGAAGGCAUAAAAAAUGCUUUGAAAGUAAUAAAUUCUUUGCAAAACGUUUCUCCAGUGAAACCUCUGCGCUCAACACCAACAAAGAACAAUUACAACAAUAUCAAACCCAGUGAUGAUCUUGGAGAAAAUUUUGUCAAGACUGUGAGGGUGCACCUGAUGAUAUUUCUAAGGCAGAUUGAAAACGCCAACACAGAGGCUACAGUAUUGACCAAAUAUAAUACAGAUGAUGACGAUGAUGUAGAAAAUAUUCCCGGAAACAGAUACAAGUUGAAAGAGAAAUUGCUUCAAUCAACGAAAGUGGAGAAGAUUCAAUCGGAGUUCGAGAUGGUGCGUUCUCGUUUCGUGAGCUACCUGACGGAGGUCUUGGCUCGCGGGCUGCGGCCGCCGCGCUCGCAGCCGCUGCACGAGCUGCUGGUAUUCGCAGACGUGGCCGCCGUCAAGAAACAGAUCGUCGGGGCCCCGCGCGGCGCGCUCCACACCGCGCUCAGUAACCCUCAGUAUUAUUUACAGUGUUCGUGCUGCCACCUACCGACGUCGGACAGCAUGUCGGCGACGCUGCCAGACGUGAGCCUGGCGUACAAGCUGCACCGCGAGUGUGGCAAGCACAUCAACCUGUACGACUGGCUGCAGGCGUUCGCCGCUGUACUUCGCCCCGAUGAUGAAGACGAGCGUUCCGACAACCCUGAAGUGCAGACGCGCUUCACUCGCGCCGUGGCAGAGUUGCAGUUUCUAGGUUUUAUUAAAUCUUCUAAGAGAAAGACUGACCACGUUAUGCGACUUACAUGGUAAUGUUGCUAGAAUUAAAAAUCCAACAUGUUUUUCAUUAAUUUAUUGAAAUUUGAAAUAAAAAUAUUUUUUCUAAAUCAUUA